AUGAAGGUGUACUUGGGAGUGGCGGUGGAUGGCAUGUUCCUGACUGACACAGCAGAAGAGCUCCUCAAGAGGAAAGAGGUGUUAGAGUCAGUCCUGUCAGUGGCCAACAUCUUCAACCCUGCAGGGGCCUCUGCUGCCAACAGCCUCACCGCUGACCAAUACCUGAAGGAUGCUGGAACACCAGAGGAGAUAAGAGACUCCUUCACUGAGAUGAUUGGCGACAUGCUGAUGGCGCUGCCCGUCGUCACGGUGGCAGGAUACCUCUCAGAUGUGGGUGUUCCAGUUUACAUGUAUGAGUUUGCAUACCGUGCUGAGAUACACAAAAACAACCGUCCUUCCUUUGUGAAGGCAGAUCAUGCAGAUGAUGUCGGCUUUGUAUUUGGUGGAUGUUUCUGGAAUGGACAUUUAAAAAUCAUAGGUAUCCUGUCCCAUCUUCAGGAAACAUUACCUAGAACCAUGAUGGCACGUUGGAGCAAUUUUGCUCGCACUGGGAGACACUCCAAGUGA